UUUAAAGUCAAACGGUCGUACUGCACUACACAGACAAAAGUCAAAAUUUGUCAUGGUAGCGUAUCGUGUAGCGUAAUAACAAUUUCCUCAACCUUUCUUUUUGUUUUUCUUUAGGGUUUUCCUAAGUUUUUACAUGGUCUAGACGUUGUUGUAGCGUCUUGAAAAUGAAAACCCGAGAUUCGACCCCACCACCACCGAUUCACGUCCACGUACCGGAGACAACACCUGUACACGUUCAUAUGAGGAGGAGUCCCAGCAGAACACAGGCAAAACAUGCUCAGGUGAAAGAAGAUAGAGGAAGGUCAAAAGCUCAGACACCUUGGAUUCCUCCAGGGAGACUUUCCUGUAGAAGAGAUCUGGGCUCCUACAGGUCUCAGCAGCCAAGCAGAACCCAAUAUCAGUCAGACCCUAGAGGCAGAAGGCAGCAAGGUUCAGUGGAGCAGGAGCUCUUCAGGACCUUACAAAGAGAGCAAGAAAACACCCGCCAUUCAAAAAAAUCGGAUUCUCAGAGUUGGGACAAAGACACGGAUGUCCUCCUGCGGGCACUCGUAGAAGCACAAAUAGACGGUGUUGCCGUCACUAAUCAGCUGACAUCCCUGAAAGAAACCGUUGACACUCUCACUAAGGAAAAGCGGCUUCCCAGACUGCAUGCAACUUCGCUGGAAAGACAGUAUGACCAGCUGUUGGAGAAGAUAGAGAUGUUUGACCACUCGAACCACAGCCUCAGGGACCUCCUCAGGAAGUGGGGCGACACCGAGAGGGAGGCGUCCGAAUGGUCAGGAGAGAAAGAUGCCUUAAAGAAAAGGCUGGCUGACGCCGAAGUAGCGAACAUGCGACUUUUGGCUGAACUUACCAACAAGGAGAAGGGGGCCUACAAGCUUUCUGAGCAUGUAGACUUAGAAAAAGAGAACGCGAAGACGGGCGAGGAUCUCUCAAGGCUGCUGGAAUCAACUUGCAGCCAUCUGGAGUCUCAGCUGCACCAUGCAGAGAUUGAAAAGGCCCAGCUGACUGAGCAGAUUCAGAGUAUGCAGCAGAGCCACGAGCGCAAGCAAGUGGAGCUGCACGCUCUGCAGGAGGAGCUGCACACCCUGAGGCAGCAGAGGGACGACUCCGAGGUGAAGAAAGACCAGGAGCUCCUGGCUUUGCUCACAAAGCAGACUGAGCGAGCCGAGGAGUCAGCCAGGGAACUCGCAGAGAAGCUUCAGGAGAAAGAAUCCCAGCUGUCCCAGUCUCUGUCUGCGUCCAGUCACUGGCGUCUCCGCCACUCGAGGGAGGCAUCUGCUAAAGGGCAGCUGGAGCAAGAGAUCUCUACUCUGAGAAUUAAGGUGGCCGAGCUGAGCUGUCAGCUUCAGUCAGUGGAGGAGAAGACUCGCGACGAAAGAGAGGAGCUCAGAGAUCAGCUUCACCAACUCAGCGUUGAAAACACCUCCACCAAGCUGGAAAACCAAAGUCUCAAGAGUCAGCUAUCGUCGACUGAGGAGAAGAUCAGGGGAUAUCACUCUGAAACUCGUCAGCUCAAAUCGUCCAUCAAAAAGUAUGAAAGCCUGGUGGAGAAGUACAAGAAUAAGGUCCAGCUGGCCCGCCUGGAGUCGGAGGAGCACCGCCUGAAGCUGGAGGCGGGUCAGAAGGAGGUGCAGGAGGUGCAGGUGAGCCUGGAGCGGGAGAAGGAGCAGAUCCGGCGGGAGCUGCUGGGCCAGCUCAGGGAGCUGGACACGCUGCCGGACAAGCUGCGGCGGGCCGAGCAGCAGCUCCGCGAGGCCCAGCAGGAAGCCGACGGCCACGAGCAGAGCAGCAUGGAGUACAGCGCAGCCCUGUCCGACGUCAGGCACAAGGUGGAACAACAAGGUGCUCAGCUGGAAAUGUUUCAGCAGAGGAAUCUGUUGAUGCAUGAGGAGAACAAGGUCUUCAAGGACAAAAUUCACCUCUUGGAGAGGAAGGUAGAGGAAAUGAACGCGGAGAACAAAGAGAUGUCCCAGGCUUUGGCCUCCAGGGAGGGCAGCGUCCGCAGCCUGCAGCAUCAGCUGGAGGAGAAGCAACACGAGUGCAGCGUCCUGUCCCGAAGGCUGCAGGACACUCUGGACGACGCACAGAAACAGGUGGAUGAAAGGUUGCAGAGGGUUUUGGUCAAAGAGAGAGCGUCCCAGUCCAAAGCGUUGGACCUCCAGAGCCAGCUGAGCCGGGCCAAAACAGAACUCAGUCUGUUACAGAGAAACAAAGAGGAGAUGGAGCAGCGCUUUCAGAGUCAGCUGCGGAACAUGAAGGAGAGACUGGAGCAGUCAGACUCCACCAACCGCAGUCUGCAGAACUACGUUCAUUUCCUCAAAACGUCAUACGGAAAUGUGUUUGGUGACUCUUUACUCUCGAGCUGAGCAGGAUUCACUAUCAAAGCGGUGUAAAGAGUUUAAUCAGUUUCAAAAGAAUUCCAAUUUUUGAUGUAUUUUAGCGUAACAAAUGACUAUAUUUUGGUCUGAAAGUCCUUAAUUUUAAUAUCAGUUUUUCCUCUAAAGAGAGGAAAACUCGCUGCUUUUCACUUGUACUGUAGCAUUGAUGAAAACAUCACUUUUUCUUCAACUUUUCUCUUGUCUGAGACCGUUUAAAGAGACAGAGUCUGUCUCAUCUAGCAGGCGAUGAGAAAAAUGUGGGGAUCUGUUUCAGGAUACAUUCCUUUUUUCCUCUCAGUCUUUAUUCACUGCGAGGCAUUCAGUGUUGAAUUGAUUGUUUUGACUGAAGUUCAUCAGGCAAUGCGGACUAUUUGUUCACUCCUCCUGAAAUCUCCAAUCUCUCCUCUUCUGUCAGAAAAGAGAUAAUACGGGGACAGUUGAAAGGGAUGUUCCAGCUCAGCCUGUCUGGAGACCCUGGCCACCCGUAGGUUGAUCCCUGUAAAAGAAAAAAGGUGCACGGUAACACACACCGAGGUCCUUUUCAGGCCAUUUUGUCAUUGGGGAAUUCCAAUAGUUGAGGACUGUUAAUUAUAUUUUACCUUAAGUAGACCUUAAGGCUUUCUAAAGCUCGGAUAUGAUGCAUAUAGAUUAAUAAAAUUGCAUCUGGCCAUGGAACAUAAUGAGUCUCCUAAUACCAGAUGAUACCGUACCUACUUCUCAGAAGAUGGAACUUUUUUACUCGUGCUUGCUUUGUUAUUAAUAUCAAAUCUUUUUACUAGGAAGAAAUACAUUGGUUAUGAACUUUCCGUCCGUACUUUGUUAAAUGUUUAAUGUUUUCUAUGCUUCUUAGAAUUUUUUUUUUUAUAGAAUAAUGAGCCCUCCAUUGUCUUUUCAUAACCAUCAGUUUAAAAAUAAUCACAAAACAAUUGAGCCAGAACAAACACUAAUAAAAUGUCUCUCCACUGAUGGACACAAGCUGUGGGCUUUUUUGUGAUUUAACUCUGUUUUAACUUUGUUUAGUCUGAAAAUAUUUGAUUAGUAAAUAGUUACUGAAGAAACCCUAAAUUGUCUAAUUGAG